AUGGCGUUUGUAAACCCUUGGUCCAUUCCAUUUGCAGAAGAAGUCGAGCCGUUAUCAACGCACAAGGUGGACACACCAGGUUUAUCUUUAUCAUGGGAAAUGACGUUGAUAGUAUCUAUAGCGUUCGGUUCACUGUUAUUUGUAAUUAUCAUCGCUGUUAUAAUUAGUUGUAUUUAUGUAUGGUACAACAAAAAACAGGAUAUGGAUAUAAUGGAAGAUAACUCCACCAGGAGAAAUCGACUGCGACGACUAAAUUCUAUACAUCCUAGCAGAGAGAUAUCAAUAGCAGAGUUGGCAUACCUGCAUAAUAAAUCUAGAGCUGAAUACGCCUCGAGGCAAAGGAGUAGUGCUCUACCAGGAUAUUUAGAUUCCGAAGAAUCAACUCUAAACCAAGAGUUUCGAGAAAACGUAAAUAAUCGCAGUACAUCUCCACCACCACCGUAUGAUCAAAACCAAGAGGGCUCAGACAGUAUUGCUUCUGUCCCAUGUGAAUCAGAUUUAACUCCCCUCCCUACUCGUCUCAGCAGAGUAAGCGCCCCUAAAACAAGUACACGUCCGAAUUUAUCAUCAUCAGCUUCUACACGAAAUAACAGUAGAAACCAACGGAGUGAUACGAAAACCGAAGACAAAGAUAACGAUGAUAUCAUCAGUAGAACCAAAUCAAAAAAGAAUCAGAAAGCAGCACAUAUUAUAAACGUGGAAGAUCCAGAUAGGCUGAGACAUAAAAAGAUAGCCGAUCAGCUAAAACAUGAAAAGGAAACCGGAGAAAGACGUCGAAGGCAAUCAGCAGCCGAGGCUGACUUUGGUCAUGGUUAUGGAAGAGAAGAGAACAAAACUGAACGAAACAAGACUCAACUAUAUCAAGAUAACAAUAAUAGAUAUGACGAGUCAACAUAUCGACAUAGUAGAAUAACAUAUAGAAGCCCAACACGGGAAAUUACACAUAAUUCACAGCUCACCGUCGAAAAAUGA